AUGCCCUCCGUCCCCGCUCCCGCCAAAGUCCUCGUCACGGGCGCCAACGGCUUUCUCGGCGCUUGGAUCGUCCGCACACUCCUCGAGCACGGCUAUUCCGUGCGCGGAACAGUGCGCACUGCGGACAAAGGCGAAACUAUACGGGGAAGUCUUGGGGAGAGAGGCGAUAGGUUUGAGUAUGUGGUCGUGGAGGAUGUGUUGAAGGAAGGCGCUUUCGAUGAUGCGAUGGAGGGUGUGCGGCUCCUUAUGCAUACGCUGUCGCCUCUAUUAUGGACCGAUAAACCAGACGACAUCAUACAGCCCGCCGUCACCGGUACACUCAGCCUCUUACAAUCCGCUCAAAAGCACAGAGAAGCCGUACGGCGCGUCGUGGUCACCGGGUCCAUCUGUACAAUCAUAGACUGGCCGACCGUGGAGCCGAGAGUCUACGACGAGACGUCGGUGAACGAGACGUCGAUCAAAGCUGUCGAGGAUGGGUCUACGGAUCCUAUUGCUAUCUAUAGCGCUGCUAAGACUCAAGCUGAGAACCGUGCAUGGGCGUUUAUGCGAGAGCAAAACAUCACUGAGUUUGAUCUCGUCUGCUUGCACGGAUCAUUCUUUGUCGGCCCAAACUCAUACCCCCUCCCCUCCCCGGCCUCCUUCACCGAAUCGCUCUACACCAUGCAUUCCAUCGUAACCCGCGGCCACCUCGUCAACGCGCUCGUCAAAACCGGAUGCGGAUGGAUCGACGUCCGCGAUAUCGCGCUGGCGCAUGUUCUCGCAGCUCAGAAGGACGAGGCGGGCGGCCAGCGCAUCAUCGUUUCUGCCGGCGAUUGUGUCGUGGGAGACUUCCAUCGCGUAGCGUGCAGUCUGGAUCCGUCGCUUGUGCGCGAGACGCAAGACGUGUUGUCCAAACCUCGGUAUAGGUUCGAUACUAGCAAGAUGCGGAAGGUGUUAGGGCUGGUGCCGAGGUCAUUGGAGGAGACGAUACGCGAUACGCUGGACUUUUUGAGAACUGUACCCGGAAGCGGUGUAACAUGGACCUCAUAUUGA